AUGUCGUUGCUAUGCAAAUGUAAAUACGGAUGGCAAGAAGAGAAUUGUCUGUUACUUUCAUCAGCUAGUUACAAGGCAACACAAAGUAUGGGAAAAGAUUAUUAUCAAGUUCUUCAAAUAGCUCGAAGUGCCAAAGACAGUGACAUAAAAGCAGCCUAUCGUCGAUUAGCACUUAAGCAUCAUCCAGUAAAGAACACCGAUGAUCCAAAUAAUCACAAUAAAUUUAAUGAACUUUCGGAAGCGUAUGAUGUUCUCAGCGAUCAUAAGAGAAGAGCAAUCUAUGAUCAAUAUGGUGAUGAAGGUUUGAAAAAUGGGGUACCGAUGGGUUCAGACAGCAAAUGGAAUGAAGGUUAUGUUUAUCACGGCAAUUCCGAUAAAGUUUUUCGAGACUUCUUUGGUGGUGACAAUCCGUAUUCGGAAUUCUACGCAGCUGCUGACCAGGAUAGAAAUCUCGGUUUCGGCGGAUUGGAUGGUCGUGGUCGAAAGAAACAAGAUGCACCAAUAGUGCGUGAUCUUCUACUUUCCUUAGAAGAUUGCUAUCAUGGUGCUGUAAAAAAAAUCAAAAUUAGUCGACGAGUUAUGAACGAUGAUGGCAUUACAUCGAGUAUUCGUGAAAAGAUUCUUUCUAUCACUGUCAAACGUGGUUGGUUGCCGGGCACAAAAGUAACAUUCGAAGGCGAGGGUGAUCAAGGUCCAAACACAAAUCCAUCAGAUCUUGUCUUUACCGUCAAAGACAAACCACAUCCACAUUUACGUCGCGAAAACGCCGAUCUUAUUUACACAGCCAAAAUCAACUUAGGACAAGCUUUGACAGGUACAACAUUACACAUAGAACAUCUCGAUGGAAGAAAACUCGACAUUCCCAUCAAUGAAAUCGUCAAGCCAGGAUACAAAAGACGUAUACCAGGUCAAGGUAUGCCAUUGAUGUCUAAUCCAGAGAAAUAUGGUGAUUUAAUCAUUGAAUUCGAUGUUGAAUAUCCAAAUAGUUUGAAUUCUGAUCAGAAGUUAUAUAUCAAAGAAGCAUUGAUCAAUAAUCCACCGGCGAAAAAAGCGCAUCAUCAACACAAUCAACAGAAGAAGAAGCCGGCUGCAAAUAACGAUGAUGACGAUGACUAG